GCAACACUCGUUCGCCGUGCUUCUGUUCUAUUUACGCGACGGCUUGUUCCCCGUGUUGAUCGUUCCGUUCCAAGCUCUCUCUGUCAUCCUCGGGAAGCGCGAGCUCAGACCUCAUCCUCCGAAGUUUAUCCAGUCGUUCUAACUGUCGUCGUAGUGCAUCGCAUUCAUUCUAUCACAGAAUUUGGUGCGCGGAUCGAGCGGCACGCUCACGAUGCCCACUGUUAGACGGCAAGCCAUUUCGAACCACAUGAAACUGUACGAGGCUCUUAUCGUAACUCUGCUCGCCGCCAUCUCUAUCACCCUUCAAGGACAAGCUGCCAGUUUCACAAUAGCGCGACCAUCCACCGUCAGUCCACGUGGCAGGAAGCUGGGAGGGAUGCCAGCUCCGCGACCCGCAGAUCCACGUCACGCCACCGCGGCACGCAGAAGAGAACUGCACGAAAUCGGCGUGCGCGAGGAGGAGACGCUCAUGUCGGGCACCAUCAUAAUCGAGCAGCCUGAAGCCGCCAUCGGCGCGAUCGAAAUAUACAUGGAGGACGGCAUGCACGCCGACGGUCGCAGCGCCGUCGCCAGCAGUCGCAGCGUGGGUGCCGAUAGUGGUGUGUCGCCAAGUACUGUCGCCACGACUUCCCCCCAUCCCCCUGCCGCCGCUUCCGCCAGCGCUUCCGCCGAGUCCAGAGCGUCUUCCAAUUCCCCCGCCCUCGAUAUCUCCGCGCUCGCCGCCGCGGAGGCGAGCGACAAUGCAGCCGGCGCGACAUCGGGGCAGGCCGGCUACGUGGCGACGAAAUGCGACAUCAGCGACGGGAUGUGGGAGGCAAAUGAUAACCGGCCGCUUUAUUCCAGCGAAUGCCCGUUUAUUCACCGUGCGACGCAGUGCGAGGCGCACGGGCGGGUGGAUACACGGUACCAGAAUCUGCGGUGGCGACCGACAGGCGACAAUGCGACGGCUGGCGACAGCGCGACGGCGCCGGGCGGCUGCGACGCGAUGCCGCGACUGACGGCGACGAGCGCGUGUGAGCUGAUGCGAAAUAGGAACGUCGCGUACGUGGGGGAUUCGAUCGUACGCAACCAUUUCAACUCGCUCGCGUGUAUCAUGUACGGCACGCAAGGCGAGCCCGAGGUGCUGGGGAGCCAUCCGUACGCGCAAGUGUACCACUGGGCGAGUUGUAACGCCACGGUGGCGUUCUAUUGGAGCCAUUACCUGGUCAACCUCACCCUGAUCGACGAGCACGUGUUCAACACGGGCGGCGAGCUCGACCUAGAGAGCCCCGACGCCUGGUGGUUCAGUCACUAUAACGAGCACGACACGUUCGUUAUAAGCGCGGGCCAGUGGUGGUCGACGCAGCGCAUCCAAGGCAAGAACAUGCACUUCGCGGCGCCGCACGCCGACGCGCCGCUCUUCGAAGCGUACCAGACGGCGCUCUUCUCCGUCCUCCGCCCCUUCACGGCCGUUAACAGUACCGGCAAGCAGGUGGUUCUGGCGCUCGUGCCGCCCACGCACGGGUUCCACGGCAGCUGCUCCGCCACGCAGCCGGUAACCGAGGAGGAAGCGCGCGCUAAGGACUACCCCGAAGCCAAGUACAACGUCCUCCUUGCUGACGUGGCGCGGCGGUACGAGGCGCAGCGGGCGAAGCGCGGGCACGGAGCGCCUUUGCUGCUGCUGGACACAUUCGGGAUGUCGUUAACGCGGUGGGACGGGCAUCCCGGGACGAACACCGGGGGAAGCAACAUCGACUGCGGGCACUAUUGCCUGCCCGGCGUGCCGGAUGCGUGGAAUGAGAUGAUGCUGGGGCUGCUAUGGCUGCAGGACGGGCGGGGGGGAGUGGAGCAAUGUGAGGAGUGGCAGGGGCAGGCGGUGUGAGGGGCCUGAAGCGAUGGGUGGUGUGAAUUUAGGUGUGAGGGUGACCAUUUGAGGAGGGCAGACAGAUAAUGCCCGACUGCGAGGAGCAGCAGGGAGACUGGGAGACACGCAGGGAGGGACAUGCAAGGGGAGAAAGAUGCAGGGAGGAACUACGAUGUGGAUGCUGCAUGAGGUGCCGGGGAGGACAGGUUGGCCUGGGAGAGGAGCAUGGGAGGGGGCUUUGGAGAGGAGUUGAGAAUGUGGCUACAGCCUUGUGCUUGGGUGGCUCAAGCAUGCAUGCUCUCACAUGCUUGGAAUAACGCAACUUUCACCCAAAAAAGAAGCAAUAACAAUGCACACAUAUGAAAGGUGCACUCAUUGGAUUGUUUUACUAGCAUAUUUAUAGGUUCAAUAUGGCCUCUAUGCUCUUUUAUUA